UUGAGACAUGUCGGACGAGGAACACCAUUUUGAGUCCAAGGCUGAUGCCGGAGCCUCCAAGACCUAUCCUCAGCAAGCUGGCACCAUUCGCAAAAACGGUUACAUCGUCAUCAAGGCUCGCCCCUGCAAGGUUGUUGAAGUUUCAACUUCCAAGACUGGUAAGCAUGGUCAUGCUAAGUGCCACUUUGUUGGAAUUGAUAUUUUCACUGGCAAGAAGCUUGAAGAUAUUGUGCCCUCUUCCCACAAUUGUGAUGUAUGCACUUUUUAUUAUGUUUCAUCGUUCUUCAGUUCUGUGAGCCUGCUUACUGAUAAUGGUGGCACCAAGGAUGACCUGAGGCUUCCAACUGAUGAGAGUCUGCUUACUCAGCUUCAAAGAAUCAGCUUCUUCGUUCUGUCUUUGAGGGAAUGA